AUGAAUCUCGCUGAUAUGGCCUUAUCGCACGGCCUCUCCGUUAAUGAGAUGUUAUCUGGAGUAUUUGGUAGCAUCAGUUUAACAGCAUGGAUCUGUUUGCUCCUUCCUCAGCUUAUCACUAAUUACAGAGCCAAGAGUGCAGAAGGCCUGUCCAUGAUUUUCCUAGCUGUCUGGCUCUUUGGCGAUCUCGCGAACCUAUCAGGUGCUCUUGUGACUGGACUUGCACCCACGGCGACAGCAUUGGCGGGCUACUUCUGCAUAUCCGAUGUCAUCCUAAUCACGCAAUGUGUCUACUAUAACACCCUCAACGCCCGAAAAACCCGUCAGCGAACACGGUCAACCGAAUCUGAGACCUCGGAAGACGAACCCCUCUUGCAGCCGCGGAGGAGGUCGUCUAGCGGCCUUCCAGGCUCGCACAGACGUCAUUCGAUGCACCAUUCCGAGUCCGGUUUAGACCCCAUCAAGAGAAUUGUCACGGGCGAAGACGAUACUCCCGAUAACAACCCUUGGUUUCACAACACGCUAAGCGUUGCGGCUAUAUACGUCGUUGGAGCUGCCGGUUGGUUCGUGUCGUAUAAGGUUGGGGCUUGGGACAAGCCAGACGCUCCCGAAGAGCCAGCAGUUGAAUCAUCAGUUGCCAUUCUAGGCCUUGUUCUAGGAUAUGCCAGUGCUAUUUGUUAUCUAUGUGCUCGAAUUCCCCAGAUAAUCAAGAACUACCGGGAGAAGUCCUGCGAGGGUCUUGCUCUUCUUUUCUUCCUAUUAUCUCUCACUGGCAAUCUAACAUACGGCCUAAGUGUUUUCACUUACUCCCCAGAGCCAGAGUAUAUUAUUAAAGCCAUUCCUUGGCUCCUCGGAUCUCUUGGUACGAUUGUUGAGGAUUGUAUCAUUUUCUAUCAGUUCAGGAUCUACUCGAAAAGGGGAGUGAGCAAGGCCAACGGUACCAGCGAGGCUGCGUAA